CUGGGGAGAAGAGGGCGCGGGGCCGCGGGGCCCGGGGCUGCCCUGCCCUGCCCAGCCGAGCGAGGGGGCAACCCGGAGGCGGCCCACAGCAGCAAGGCCGGACGGCGGGGCUCCGGCACCCGGCAGAGCGCGGCGGUCAGCGGGGAGGUCCCGGGCCAGCCGCCAUGGCUUCCACCGUCAACAACGGGGGAGCCAGCCUGCCGUCCCCGUCCGACGCCGCCAACGGCUUCCCGCAGCCGGGCGCCUCCUCCGGGGCCUGGCCGCGGGCGGAGGACGAGCUGCGCGCCGCCGAGCCGGGGCUGGUCAAGCGCGCGCACCGCGAGAUCCUGGACCACGAACGCAAGCGGCGCGUGGAGCUCAAGUGCAUGGAGCUGCAGGAGAUGAUGGAGGAGCAGGGGUACUCAGAAGAGGAGACCCGGCAGAAGGUGAGGACUUUCCGGCAGAUGCUGAUGGAGAAGGAGGGCAUGCUUACCAGGGAGGACCGGCCUGGGGGGCCUAUCGUGGCGGACAUCCCGCGACUGACCGAGGGCGCUGAGCCGGGCCUGAACUACACGCCCUUCCCAGAGGAGGACGAUGACGAAGGACCGGUGGAUUGCGACUGUCCCGCUGCCUGCUACCGCGGCCACCGGGGGUACAGGACCAAGUACUGGUCCAGCAGCUCGGCGUCGCCCCCACCCAAGAAGAAGAAGAAAAAGAAAGGCGGCCACCGGAGAAGCCGCAAAAAGAGGAGACUAGACUCGGAGUGCAGCUGUGGCAGCUCGUCCCCUCUGCGCAAGAAGAAGAAGGGCGUGAAGAAGCACCGCCGAGACAGAUCUGACUCUGGGUCCCGGAGGAAGCGAAGACACAGAUCUCGAAGCCCCAAAAGCAAAAGAAAAGAGAAGAACAAAGAGAGGAAGAGGCCUCACGCAGACUCCCCGGGCCGGAGGUCCCACCGCCACAGCAGCCGUAGCUCCCACAGCCCCUCCCUCUCCUCCCCAUGCAGUGAUUCCAGAUCACCCAGCAGGCUGAGCCCAAAGCGCAGAGAUGAAGGGCGGAAGACGGGCAGCCAGCGGUCCAGCGCGAGCGUGUCGCCCUCCCCGUCGGGCGGCAGUGGAUGGGGGUCCCCGCAGCAGAACGGCGGCAGCCGGCGCAGCGGAGCGCACGGGGCCCGCCCGGGCCAGGAGCACAGCCCGCCCCCCGAUAAGCCCAGCUCGCCCUCGCCCAGGGCCGGCGACCAGGUGGAGGCGGGCGCGGCAUCGCCGCCCGCGGGGAAGCAGAGCCCGAGCCCGCGCUCCACGCCGUGGUCUCAGACCCGGGGAGGCCGCCCGGCGGGCGGGCCGGCUCGGAGGCGGCGGAGGAGGCGGCGGCGGCGGCGGCGCUCACGGUCCUCGGCGUCAGCUCCCCGCCGCAGAGGCCGCCGGCGCGCCCGGCCCGCAGCUGCCCGGGGCUCGUCGCGCUCGCUCAGCAGAGCCCGUUCCAGCAGCGACUCGGGCGGCGGCGGCCCCGGGCCCGGAACCGAACCCGAAGCCGGCUCGGAGCGAGGCCAUGGCAGGCGUGGGAAACGACCCAGGGAGCGGCCCCAGCGCACCCGGCCGGUCAGCACGUCCCCGUCGCCAGGCCCGAACCCGCGAUCCUGGAGCUCCAGCCGCUCGGCCUCUCCGUCCCGCUCGCGCUCGGCGGACAAGCGCUCCCGCUCCCGCAGCCGCUCGCCAUCGCCCAAGAAGCCGCCGGGCCGGGACAAGGACGCCGAGGCCCGUGCCCGCCACGCCGAGGCCGAGGCCGCCCGCGCCCGCCGCCGCUCCCGCAGCUACUCGCCCAUCCGCAAGCGGCGCCGCGACUCGCCCAGCUUCAUGGAGCCACGGCGCAUCACCAGUGCGCGGAAGCGGCCCAUCCCCUACUACCGGCCUAGCCCCUCAUCAUCAUCGUCUGACGGCCUGAGCAGCGAGUACUCCAGCCGCAGCCCCAGCCCCAGCCCCAGCCGCAGUCCCAGCGCUGGCCGCAGUCCCCGGAGCUCCAGCAGCCGCUCGCGCAGCGCCUCCCGGACCCCCAGCCCCAGCCCCAGCCGCAGCAGCUCCGAGAGCGGGGCCUUCUGAGCCAGCGCAGGCCGGGAAGAUCUUGCGAGUGGGGACCCCGAGGGCCUGGGGGGCGCUAGGCGCCAGCCACUGCAUCCAGAGGGCACCCCGCCAGGCCUCGGCACCCCGCCCCAGCCGCAUCCAGGGAACACAAGAGCCGUGUGAACACAGCCCCCCCACCCCGGGCCCCCCUUCUGCCCUGCUCCGCGCCAGCUCAGGGGCUGGGGACCUGGGCCCCUCCAGAGAGGCCGGGCCUGGGUAUCCCCCACCCCCAACAUGGAGGAAGAAAACCGAGUGUGGUGCAAGCGCAACCCCCUGGGACCUGGAGGCUGGCCCUGGGGGGUGGGGACUGGGGCCUGAACCCCAGCUAGAGGGGCUGGGGAGCUCCCUCCCGCACCUCCAGUCCCCCACCUGUGCCCUGGGCCAAGGCCUCCUGGCAAGGAGAGAAGGGUUGGACAAGGUCACCACCUGCUGGCCAGCCAGGCCCAUGUCCCACCCGAUGGCAGAUGGCAGCUCUUGGGGCCCGCCCCCAGGUGGCCAGACAAGGCUGUGGGGAAGGGGUGCUGUGUGCCCCCCUUCCCCAAGAAGCAGGGCCUGUGGCCCGGGGCUACCCUCUGGCAGGCGCCAACCCUCUGCUGCCCCAGCCCCCUCCUCCUGGGGCCCUCAGGGAUCUCACAAAAGUCUUCCUUGGCCCAGCAGGGCAGAUGCCCUGGGCUCUGGUGGGGGGAGGGGGUCUGGGGUUUGGUCCGGGUUCCCCCCUCCAUCUCCCCGCCCCUAUUUUCCACAGUGCGGGUAGAAAUUGGACUCUAAUAAUAAACAGUUGGUGCCCGGAUGGCAGGUGUUGAAA